AAGCUUUUAUUCAGAAGUGACGUAGCAGUUGCACACUGCAUAUGAUUGCUGAAGUGAGCGAUGAUGACGCCAGCACGCAGGAUCCAUGGCCGCCACCGGCGCCGGCGCCCUUCCUAGGGCCGGAGCCCAGCUCUUCUGAGCAUGCUGUGGGCGACAAGGUGGCUCUCUCCAAUGGUACCAAGGGCGCCCUUGGCUUGAGCUUCAGUGGUGGCAGCAACACCAUGGCGAGCCUGUCAUGGCGGGAUGGGCGCUUCUCUGACUGGACCGUCCAGGUGGGAGAGAAGUACUACCACCUGCACGCCUUCCUGUUGGCCCGGGCCUCGCUUUUCUUUGAGAGCCACAUGAGCAUCGCGUCAAGAACGGAGGGCGGCAGCGCCAAGGGCAGCGACCUCACGGAGGUGCUGCCGAGCUCUUGCCACUCAGCCUUCGAGGACGCGUUGGACUUCAUGUACUCUGAGAACCAGGCCACCUUUGAAGCCCCGGCCUCCAAGGCACUGCUUUUGCUGAAGAUUGCGGACAUCCUGCAGAUCAGCAGCCUCUUCGAAGCCAUGGGCCGUCGAAUCGAGGCGGCCUUUGCGGAGACGGCCCCACUGUUGCUGGAGCAGUACUGCCGCUUCCACAUCCCCGGCACUGACGACGGCGCGGCGCUGCGCAUGAUCCGGGACGGGGCGGUGGACCUCAUCGUGAAGAAGUUUCAGCCCUUCCUCACCAGCAGUGAGAUGAAGAGAGCCUUGCUGCGCCUGCCGGCGCGGGUUUUAGCGGAGAUCCUUGACUCGGACGAGCUGCUGGUGGCCGGGGAGGAUGCAGCAUUUGACUUUGUGCUGGAGCGCUUGCAGCAAUCGGAGGAUGGCCCUGAAAACCCCGCGGAGAGCGAUGGGGAGUCGGGCAAGGCGUCUCCGCUACAUGCAGAUGCGGAAGACGAUGACGAGGUGCUGUGGGACCGAGUGCGCUGGGCUUUCCUGAGCUCGCAGAAGUUCAACCAGGCGCUGGCGCUGAGCAAGAGCAUGCUCAAGCCCGAGGUGACCCUCAAGGCGCUCACAGCACGCACGGUCCGCUUCGAUUUGGGAGGUGCGGAAGCCUUUCUGGGCUCCACGAACUGCAUCGGGAAUCUGGUGCCCAGGCGCCCGAUCCUGCCUCCUGGCGUGCCUCCCCCCACGUCCACGGAGAUCGAUUUCUGCUUUCACUAUGCUCACUCUGAGCAGUACGUUUGCGGAGAGGC